GCGGCCUCUCUAUGGCGCGUCCGGGUGACUGCGCGGAGGAGGUUCCCGGCCCGGGGUGAGGGGCGCGGUCUGGACGACUGAGCCCGAGGUGACAGGUCCGGCGGAGACCGGCGGGCCGGGAGGCCGAGAGGCCAAGCGGCCUAGCGGCCUAGCGGCAGCACCAGGCCGCCGGGAGGGGAGCGAGGCUACUCGGAGCCGCUCUGCGCCCACCCGCCGCGUGAGGACACGGGAGCCGCCGCGGGAUGGACGAAGAGAGCCUGCAGAGCGCGCUCCGCACCUACGGCGCGCAACUGCAGCAGGUGGAGCUGGCCCUGGGAGCCGGCCUGGACCCCGCCGAGCUGGCCGACCUGCGCCAGCUCCAGGGGGACCUUAAAGAGCUGAUCGAGCUCACCGAAGCCAGCCUGGUGUCCGUCCGGAAGAGCAAGCUGCUGGCCACCCUGGAUGCGGAGCGCGCGGCGCCGGACGACGCUGAGUACCUGGCUUUCCGGGAGGCCAUCGCCGAGGCGGGGGACGUGGCCGGAGCCCCCGCGGCAGAACCAGACGCUGCUCCUGAAACAGAGGAUGGGCCCGCGCCCAGCCAACCUGGGCGGGAGGAGGAAGGGGAGGACUCGGAGGACGACGGAGGGCUGAGCGGGAGGAAGGUGAACGCCCCCUACUACAGCGCGUGGGGCACCCUGGAGUACCACAACGCCAUGGUCGUGGGCACGGAGGAGGCCGAGGACGGCUCGGCGGGCGUGCGCGUGCUCUACCUCUACCCCACGCACAAGUCGCUGAAGCCCUGCCCGUUCUUCCUGGAGGGCAAGUGCCGCUUCCAGGACAACUGCAGGUUCUCCCACGGGCAGGUGGUCUCCGUGGACGAGCUGCGCCCCUUCCAGGACCCGGACCUGAGCUCCCUGCAGGCCGGCUCUGCCUGCCUGGCCAAACAGCACGAUGGUCUCUGGUACCCGGCGCGGAUCACGGAUGUGGACAGCGGCUACUACACCGUCAAGUUUGACUCGCUGCUGCUGAAGGAGGCUGUGCUGGAGGGGGACAGCAUCCUGCCCCCGCUGCGCCCGGAGCCCGAAGGGCCCUCCGACUCGGACAGCAGCGACGCGGGUGACCCCAGCUACGCCCGAGGCAGGCCUGGGCCGGGGGCGGCCGGGCGGGCUUGGCCCUUGGGCUGCCGCUGGCCAAGCCGUGGUGCAGCCGGGCCAAGCUGCCACCCUCCCUGUCCCCUGUCCCUUGCAGUGGUGGCACCCAGCACCACCGACCACGGGACCUGCAGCUCCGACUUCGCGGGCUGGGAGGUGCACACGCGGGGCAUGGGCUCCAGGCUCCUCGCCAAGAUGGGCUAUGAGUUUGGCAAGGGUCUGGGCCGGUACUCGGACGGCCGGGUGGAGCCCGUCCAUGCUGUGGUGCUGCCGCGAGGGAAGUCGCUGGACCAGUGCGCGGAGGUCCUGCAGCAGAGGACCAGGGGCGGCAAGGCGGGCCCCAGCAGGCCCCCGAAGUGCCGGCGCAGAGGGGGCGGGCCGGGGGGCCGCCCGCCCCCGCGGGACGUGUUCGACUUCCUCAAUGAGCGGCUGCAGGGCCAGGCCCCCGGGGCCCCGGAGGCCGGGGCAGCGCCCCCCAGGCAGAGGAGCGGCAAGGAGCUGUACCACGCCAGCAAGAGCGCCAAGCGGGCCCUGAACCUGCGGCUCUUCCAGACAGAGGAGAAGAUCGAGCGGGCCCAGCGGGACAUCCGGGGCAUCCAGGAGGCGCUCGCCCGCAACGCCGGCCGGCACCGCGUGACGGUGGCCCAGCUGCAGGAGAAGCUGGCGGGGGCCCAGCGGCAGCUGGGGCAGCUCCGGGCGCAAGAGGCAGGCCUGCAGCGGGAGCAGAGGGAGGCGGACACGCACAAGAAGAUGGCUGAGUUCUAGAGCGCCGCACGCACAGCGGGCAGGGGGUCCCCCACCGGCGCCGCCGGAGGAGGGGCCGCGCACCGCCAGCCUGUCUGGGCAUCGCCAAGUGGACAUGGGCACGGGAGCCGCAUCUGGAUGCUCGGGGGCCCGCGGACCCCACCUGCGGGCACCUGCUUAUCGAGAACAUUAAA